AUGCGCGAGAAGGAUUCGAUCGGCAAGCGUGUUGGGAAUUUUAUGGUGCAGGAGACGGUGUUGAAAGUAAUUGGUAUCUGGCCCACGAGAGAUGGAUCCUCCUUUGGCCGAUGGAUUUUCGCAGUAAUGACGCAAAUCAGUACUAUCUGCAGCCUGUCUCUGGAAGUUUAUCGACACUGUCUCGACAUCGACGACACGAUGGACGCGUUUGUCAUGGACCUCUCCUCCAUCGUCAGUCUCGCGAAACUAUUGAUUAUGCGCUGGAAUUCGAAGCACGCUUAUACUCUUGUAAAUUCGGUUGUAAAGGAUUGGUCAGUCAUUGACGAUUCUCGUCACGAGAACGUUAUGACGAGAUACUUUAAGAAAGGGCGAAUCGUUUCGUUGAUGAUACUCUACCUGGGUUAUGCUUCUGGAUUGUCUUUCGUCGUCAAAGCUUUACCUUUCGCAGAUAUCCUGUCUUUGAAGACGUCGCAGAACUCGGCGAAUUCAUCGGUGAGUCUAAAGAGUUCCUUGAAAUUGAAUUACUUUCUGGCAACCUACUGUGUGUUCGGAUCGCUACCAUUGCACCAUCACAUUUGCGUGCUGGUGUUGCAAGCAAUGCACAUUUUCGUCAACGCUGUCGCUCACUGCGCCAACGACGGAUUGUUCUUCAGUUUGGCGAUGCAUCUCUGCGGCCAGUUUGAGAUUCUCAAGAUGAAUUUCGCCAAGUUCAAGAUCGGGGAGUUUGGUUGCGAGAAAAAGUUGAAAAUUCUCGUGGAACGACACUGUCAGCUCGCGGUGUUGGCUGAUGAUCUCGAGCAAACUUUUAACAUGAUUAUACUGGUACAGCUACUGAUGAGCGCGUUACUGAUUUGCGUAGACGCGUCAAGUGAUUUUAUAUGCACUACCUUGAUCAUUGUAUUGUAUUCAAAAUCAGGUUUCGUGUUCCUGGUCUGCCUGGGCAAAAGAGACAACGUCGGAGCACUGAAAAGCGUGGUCCUGAUGAUGACAUUGCUCAUCCAGUUGUACCUUUACGCCUACGCAGGCGACGCUCUCGAGUCUCGAACCGAAGAAAUCGCGCAAGCCGUCUAUCAAUCGCUCUGGUAUCAAUCACGAGGCCGCGUGGCAAGGGAUCUAGUGUUGAUAAUCAACCGUGGAAACUUGUCGUACCAUUUGACAGCUGGGAAAUUCCUCUCGAUGAACAUAUUCACUUUCAAAGAAAUACUAAAGACGUCCGCCUCCUAUCUGUCCGUUCUGAAAAUGAAGACGUCGUCGUUGAAUUUUGCUUAUGCGAUGACUCCGUUGAAGAUCCUGUCGUGGCCUGUGGGUACCUGGCCCCUUCAAAAUUACAAUACCUUCUCCUUUAUACGUGCCAUAAUUGCGCUUGUGUUUAUGUCGUUAAUGAUUACAAUCGUGCAAACGGAGCUUUAUUUUGACAGUAGCAACGCCGAAAAGAAUCUCGAUAUUCUGGUAUUAACUGUCUGCGGCAGUUUAGCCAUUAUGAAGGUGUCGAUCUAUCGUAUUUGGCCUACAGGUCUUAUUUAUAAUUUUACCUCGGCCAUCAGGGACUACAAUGAACUGAGGGACGAAAAGAAACAAGCAAUAGUUCGAAAACACGCUUACAUGAGCCGAAUGACGUGUAUCGGCAUGAUGUCUAUCACGUAUGCAAGUGCAACACUUAUCAUGAUUGUGCGUGUACUGGUUGAAGAAAAGCUAGGAAAUAUAGUUAACGUAACGGACGAAAAUACACUGAAGUAUCCUAUGCCUUGUAAAUACGUAAUAGCGUUUAUAAAAAUACCGGAUAACUUACACUUUAUAGUUUUUAUCACAGAGUUUUCUAUGAUGCUAGUCACGUGCAUUAGUAAUAUAGGCAGCGAUGUGUUAUUCUUCGGUAUCAGUUUCCAUCUAUGCGGUCAAGUAGAGAUCCUGAAGCUAGAAUUUAGUAAAUUGAAUAAGAACGAAAAAAUAGUGGGACACUUCGUUACAUUAGUCAAAAGACACAUUGACUUACUAAAUCUAGCCAAGAUGCUGAACGAAACGAUUAGCUCUAUCUUGGUCGUGCAGCUAUUCUUCAGCUCUAUACUUAUUUGUGGAAGUGGAUUUCAAUUCAUUCUCGCUUUAAACAUUGGAAACAUCAUCAUGAUCAUAAAAACAUUUAUGUUAAUGAACACUUUGUUGAUACAAUUGUUCAUAUACAGUUACGUGGGUGAAUAUUUAAAGCGUCGAAUGGAAGGCAUCGGUAACUCGUUGUACUUCUGCAAGUGGUACGAUAUACCGAAAAACGUGCUGAAAGACAUAAUUUACGUGAUCAUGAAGGCUCAAGAUCCGGUUUUGUUAAGGGCUGGAAAAUUCUUCGUCGUCAAUCUCGAAACGUACAUGUCUGUCGUAAAAACUUCGAUAUCGUAUCUGUCAAUUCUUCGAGUAAUGGUAAAUACGUAA